GCUGCAGCUGCUCCGUGUUUCACAACGACUGCGAGAGUGCUUGGAGCAAUGUGGGCGACCCCGACGCUGCUACUGCUGGGUGUUUUGCUGGUGGCGCCAGACGCAGCUGCGACCGGCCUCAACACCCGCUACGACGAGACCACCGGACGCAUCCUGAUACUGACCCACAGGGGCGGCCGUGAAGUCGAAUUGGGUUAUAUCGCAGCUGAGGGCGGCGAGCUGUUGCGUGCUCCAGUGCACGAGCGCCUUGUCAAUGGGGAACACUACGACUUCGGCCACUCCAAAGUGGUGAUCCAGCCCAAAGAUACAGCGGCCCGAUGUUACACAGUUCGGCAGUGGGUGAACGCCUCUACUUCGGUACUGAGGAGUUGUCAGCACCACCUGUCCAGCCACAUCUACGGUGGGAUCGAGACAGCCAGACAGGUGUGGCCUAUUGAGAACACCGUAUACGACCAGUAUCCCUACGUUACUGACCAGGACCUCCAUGCCGGUAUUGCUGCAAUACCGAAGAGUCACUGA